CCGGAAAGAUCAUUUCCCCUGAGGGAUUGGUCCAACCAAGGGACCUUGGUGUGGAAAGGGUGGGAGAGCCUCCUGAAAAUCAUUUCCCCUGAGGGAUUGGUCCAACCAAGGGAGCUUGGUGUUGAAAGGGUGGGAGAGCCUCCAGGAAAGAUCAUUUCCUCUGAGGGACUGGUCCAACCAAAGGACCUUGGUGUUGAAAGGAUGGGAGAGCCUGUAGGAAAGAUCAUUUCCCCUGAGGGAUUGGUCCAACCAAGGGAGCUUGGUGUUGAAAGGGUGGGAGAGCCUAUGGGAAAGAUCAUUUCCCCCGAGGGAUUGGUCCAACCAAGGGACCUUGGUGUUGAAAGGGUGGGAGAGCCUCCUGGAAAGAUCAUUUCCCCUGAGGGAUUGGUCCAACCAAGGGAGCUUGGUGUUGAAAGGGUGGGAGAGCCUCCUGGAAAGAUCAUUUCCCCUGAGGGAUUGGUCCAACCAAGGGAGCUUGGUGUUGAAAGGGUGGGAGAGCCUCCAGGAAAGAUCAUUUCCCCUGAGGGAUUGGUCCAACCAAGGGAGCUUGGUGUUGAAAGGGUGGGAGAGCCUCCUGGAAAGAUCAUUUCCCCUGAGGGAUUGGUCCAACCAAGGGAGCUUGGUGUUGAAAGGGUGGGAGAGCCUCCUGAAAAGAUCAUUUCCCCUGAGGGAUUGGUCCAACCAAGGGAGCUUGGUGUUGAAAGGGUGGGAGAGCCUCCUGGAAAGAUCAUUUCCCCUGAGGGAUUGGUCCAACCAAGGGAGCUUGGUGUUGAAAGGGUGGGAGAGCCUCCUGGAAAGAUCAUUUCCCCUGAGGGAUUGGUCCAGCCAAGGGACCUUGGUGUGGAAAGGGUGGGAGAGCCUGCAGGGACGGUCAUUUCCCCUGAGGGAUUGAUCCAGUUAAGGGGCCUUGGUGUGGAAAGGGUAAGAGAGCCUGCAGAGAAGAUCAUUUCCCCUGCGGGACUGGUCCAGCCAAAGGACCUUGAUGUUCAAAAGGUAGAUCUGAAGCCUGCCAUGAUACCGAGGAAAGAUGAUAUGAAACAGGUCGAGUUGAAAAUUGAAGGGAAAUCAUUUCGUCCCCAAAAGCCUUACCUGGAAUCUACUUCAGAACUUAGACGUAAGCAAGCUGUGAUCUCCCCCAUGCCCAGUGAUUCUCAAGAGGAGAAGUUAUUGUCUUUGGCCAAAUCCAAGUACAAGCCCAGACCUCCACCCCUCCCCACCGCCCAGAGGUUUCCACUCACGCCAAAGGAGCCAGUUGCCCCAACCCCAACCCCAACUCCAUCUGAAGGGCGUCCAGAGAGUCCCACCUGGGAAGUCAUGGGACCGGACACUGUGGCUUCCCCAAAAAAGUCAGCCCAAGAACGCUGGAGGUGGUUUCUGCGGAUUCAUCAGAGUAUCAGGGCCUUCAAGGGGGCCAUGGCCCGACGGGAUAGAAGCUUGCCUCCUACAUACAGUGAAUUCAUGCACAAGCUCCCUAGAGGAGGCUGGGACCGAUUACAGAAUGCCCUGCGGAAGCUUCGCCAAAAAGGGACAAUCACCAAAAAAACCAUGGACAGCCUUUGCUGGCUGCUGGAGCAGACAUCCCCACUGAAGCAGAUGGAGUGGGUGGAAACGGCCCAUCUGGAGACCCUUGCCUCGCAAUUGGAGUCCCUAAAGGCUCCCCAAGUAGUCUCUACGUCUGUUGCCUAUGGCAUGCCCACAGUGGAAGUAAUCCCCCCACAGACAGACUACCCUAGAGAGGAACUCCGCCCCAGAGAGAGCUUCCAGGAACUCCGCCCCAGAGGGAGCCUCCUGCUACCCGAGUUUCCUGCCCUCGCCAGGCCAUCCAUUCAGCCUGGAGCCCCCGAUCUGGUAGCCCCAGGGAAAGUCAAGGAGAUUGGGCCUGAGUUCCAGGAACUCCGCCCCAGAGAGAGCUUCCAGGAACUCCGCCCCAGAGGGAGCCUCCUGUUGCCUGAGUUUCCAGCCCUCGCCAGGCCAUCCAUUCAGCCUGGAGCCCCCGAUCUGGUAGCCCCAGAGAAAGUCAAGGAGAUUGGGCCUGAAUUCCAGGAACUCCACCCCAGAGGGAGCCUCCAGGAACUCCCCCCUAGAGGGAGCCUCCUGCUGCCCGAGUUUCCGGCCCUCGCCAGGCCAUCCAUUCAGCCUGGCGCCCCCGACCUGGUGGCCCUGGGGAAAGUCAAGGAGAUUCGGCCUGAGUUCCAGGAAUCUUUACGGAAGGACCUGGCUCGGAUUUUCCCUGAUUACUCAGCCAGUGCCCUGAAGGUCCUGAAACUCCAGCAAAAGGUGCAGUUAUGGAAGGACAAGAUAAAGGAGCUUCAGCUGUCCAGGCUGAAGGACAAGAAAUCACUAUUACCCCCUGCAGCCCUGCCAGGACCCCCAGGAGAAGCCCCGCCCACCACAGCCUGGCCUGGACUCCCAGGAGAACCCCUUCCCACCGCAGCCUGGCCUGGACUCCCAGGAGAACCCCUUCCCACCGCAGCCUGGCCUGGACUCCCAGGAGAACCCCUUCCCACCGCAGCCUGGCCUGGACUCCCAGGAGCACCACCGCCCACUGCAGCCUGGUCUGGACUCCCAGGAGAACCCCUUAACAGGGCCAACCUGGCUCCCAGGAGAACCCCUUAG